CACCACAGAGGGCUGCUGGUCUGGUUGAGUCUAUUCUCUCCUCUGUACCUGGACACGAUCACAUCUUUCCAGUUCUUCACAGUGUGCACCACUGAACAGCUGGAGCUUUAGAGGAAUGAACCAUUUGUUCAGAUGGAGAAGGCUUGCCAGACUGAUGUUCAUGCUGCUAUAUUUUGUCAUUAAUGUUCUCUGUGCUUCCCAGCAAACAGUCCAGUCUGAGACUCAGCAGGUGAAAGGCAUCAUGGGACAGUCUUUCUCUUUUCAAGAGAGGGUGAUCAAGACUGGCAAUUUACUUUAUGGAGAACUUGGCAGUAUUGCAAAUGUGUACCCUGAUAAAGAAGGCAAAAUCACCCUUGAGAAGAGAUUUGAAAACCGCCUCCGCUUGAACAAUGUUACAAGAUACUUCACUCUGUCAGCCCUUCAGAUUGACGAUGCUGGGGUUUAUACUGUGGAGAAUACAGAUGAAGGGAAAAAAACAACAAAAUUUGAGCUCACUGUAUACAAUGUUGUUUCCAAACCUCAGGUGACAGAGUGUGACAGCAGCUCCUGUAGUGUGGUGUGUUCUGUGGACAAUGAAAAAGAGGUGACCUUGACCCUGUACAGGGGAGAGGAAAUACUAAACCAGACCAGCAGUCCUGACCUCACCACCAAUCCAUCUCUCCAUUUGGAGGUAGAGGGAAAGAACUACAACUCCACCUACAGCUGUGUGGCUUCCAACCCUGUCAGCAAUGAAACAGUUCUUGUCCCAAAAUGUUGCAGUGAAGAUGGUCAUCCUAAUGAUGCUGACAGUGAUGGGAUGACUCUGGGUAUGGUUAUUUCUGUAAUCUGCGUUUUGGUUGCCUCUGGGCUGGUUGGACUUGCAAUCUAUCUAAGGAAGAGGGGAAAUGAACACUCACAAGGCAGAUUCAUCCGAAAGAGUGCAAGUUGACAUUGAGUAUGCAACGAUAAUUCCUAAAAAACGAACAGAUAACCAGGAGGAGCGAACAGAUAUACCGGAAUUGGAGUCACACAGAACAGACAUACCAGAAUUGGAGUCACGUAGAGACAACCCUAACCUGACAUCAGUUUAUGAUACACUCCUGUUGCAUCGCAUGGCUGCCAGCGGGGAUGUUGACACAGCAUGAAGGAGAAAAACGGGAAGUCAAUGGGAGGCCGAAAUGAUAACUCACAUUCUGUAGAGCAUAAAAGAGGACGUUGAAACAAAAUGAAAGUAAAACAAUAUUCAUGCUAACAACCUUUUAGAGGCAUAGUUAUGGGAGAAAAAUCCCCUGGAACUGUUGUGCUGAUAUUAUAAUUUCAGGCUUCCUUUGUAGGUCAUUCUCACAGACCUGUCAAAUAGGGGCCUCGGUUACAUCCACUGAUACUGACCAAUUCAAUAACUAUGCAUUGAGUUGUUAGCAGGAUCAGGAUAUCCUUCUUAUCAAGUACCUUUUGUCCCAAAUCACAAUGUAUAAGUUAAAACAAAUGGAACAUAUCUUUUAAUACAAUUCACUAGUGUUUUUGCUAUGCUA